GCAAGUGCUUAAUACCUUCUAAUAAUAUGAAUAUUAUCAACAACGAGAAAAAUGAUUAGCUGAAUAAAUUAGAUCAGAAUUGAAACACCAGUGGUUGUUUACUGUAAUUUGGAGUCUCGUCUAUGUACAUUCAACAACCAGAAACCGGUGUGUAAAUUGUGAUGACAACAAAGAGGAAAGAGAAAGUUGUAAUUAAAGAUCUUUAGUUUAAUUAUAUUACCUAAUGAAUUUUCUCUACUCGUUUUCCUUUCUCUUCAGAUAAAUUACCUGAGUCUAAUAACAACUUUCUAAACAAUCGUGAUAAUCGCAGCGAGUUUUGAUCUUUUUUACUUAUGUACACUCUAUCUAUCUAGAUUAUCAACUAAUCUCUUCAUUUUUUGGACCCAUAAUCAAGUCAAAGUCUAUUUUCUCUCUCUCCCUUGGUCGUUUCUUUUUCCAAUCGAAAGCUUUACUAUCUAGCAAAUGGAUGAAGUUCAAUUACUAUUCAAUAAACGAAUUAAUCAGUUAAACCGGAAUUCACAUUCAUCACAAAGACGUAAAAAAUUGAUUCUGGUUUUCAUCGGUCUCCUCUUUUGUUGCUAUUAUACCUAUUUUUAUAUCAAUCUAUCUUCUCUAUCAACCCAAGUCUCAUUAUCAUUUCCAGCAUUCGUUUAUCCUAGUUCUCCAGCGGUUAUCAUCCUAUGGACAGCUCCUUACGACUCAUGGCAGGGAUCAACCGAUGUACCUUUAGAUUGUGAUUGUAUUGUCACUCAAAAUCGAAGUCUCUUGGCUCAAGCAAAAGCUGUAAUUUUCUAUUGGCGACGUACUAAUCUCACGGAUUUGCCUAAAUAUAAAUUUCAAGGUCAAACGUGGAUCUUGCAUCAUCUAGAGUCUCCAGUUAACACACAUAGACUAUCUGAAUUAACCGCUUUCUCUAAUUACAUUGAUUGUUGGUCCAGUUAUCGAGUUGAUUCAGACUUUCCAACACCAUAUGGAUUUAUUUUACCAAAGGAUGAAUCUUUUGAAUCAGACAAAAUUAAUGUUACCUUUUCACAGAAAAGUCGUAACGUGGCCUGGAUGGUUUCACGUUGUAGGGCCGAAUCGGGAAGAGAUGAAUAUGUCAAAGAGUUAGCUCGUUACAUCGAUGUUGACAUUUAUGGUGAAUGUGGUCCAUUUAAAUGUCCACGUUCCGAGGGAUCACAUUGUUACGAAUAUUUUGAGAAAAAGUAUCGAUACUACUUGUCCUUCGAGAAUUCAAUCUGUACCGAUUAUUAUACUGAGAAGAUAAUCAACCUUCUUAAUUAUACAAUCAUUCCGAUUGUUCUCGGUGGAGCCAAUUAUUCAUCAGUUUUACCAAAUCAUUCGUAUAUCGAUGCGCUUUCAUUUAAAUCACCUCGAGACUUGGCAAUGUUAUUACGAAGUCUAUCAAACGACGAGAAAAGAUACAAUUCCUAUUUCGAGUGGAAAUCUCGAUUCACGGUUAAAGCUAACGAUUAUCGAACACUUUCCUGCCAAAUAUGCUCCAAAUUGAAACAAUCAACCCAAAGUAGAUUUUCAUUUUCAUCAUCAACCAAAGAUCACAAUCAAUUAAGACGAUCAAAUGUAUUAUGUAAUCAUCUAGAUAAAGAUUUUGUUAGUUGGUGGUACAAUGAAGGAUCAUGUGUAUCAUGGACUCCGAUAAAUCAAUUGAUAUCCUGGUCAUUGGACAGUUCAAUCUGAUUUUGAAUUGACAUAGAAAAAGAUUUUCACUUAAAAAUCAAAAUCUAUCUACAACUUAUUAUUAUUAUCCCAGCUUUUCUCAAAUCACUAACUUUCUCAUUAAGAAGACAAUUAAAAAAUGGUUGCAAAUCACAAUUUAACCUUUUCUAAUUUUUAUAAGCUAUUCGAAAUAAUAGUAAACAUGGUUCAUAUUUUUUUCCAUAUUAUGAAACAAUAAAAACAAUU